AAGUAGAGCCUAUAAUUAGAGAUAGCAACGAGGGGGAAGAAUGCCCCGGCCUCGUCACCAAAGUCCAAAACGAGACCCCAAAAAGGGUGAGACAUGGUCAGAUCUGGCGGUGGCGCCUCCUCACGCCACGCAACAUGCAGAGCCAUCGCCUCGCCCCCGAAGACCGCGUCCAAGAAGGGAGCAGAAGCGCACGCGCCCACGCGCCCAUCCAGGGCCAGGGCCAGGCGGUUGCUCCUGCGGCGGCGACCCGCCGCGCUCAGCGCUCGACAUCCAUGUCCCUCCCCCCCGAGAGCGGCACGCCCCCGCCCCCGCCCUCGGGCGCCGGCGGGGGGCGGUCGCGGCUCCGGGACGAGCAGCUCCGGCAGCUCCGCGAGCUCUUCCUCCGCUUCGACCUCGACGGCGACGGCAGCCUCACCAAGCUCGAGCUCGUCGCGCUCCUCCGCUCGCUCGGCCUCCGCCCCGCGGCGGGGGACGAGAUCCACGCCCUCGUCGCCACCAUGGACGCCGACGGCAACGGCACCGUCGAGUUCGACGAGCUCACGUCCUCCCUCGCCCAGCUGCUCCUCGGGCCGUGCCGCCCCUCCGUCGCCGUCGACCACGAGCAGCUCGCCGAGGCCUUCCGCGCCUUCGACCGCGACGGCAACGGAUACAUCUCCGCCGCCGAGCUCGCGCGCUCCAUGGCGCAGAUGGGCCACCCGAUCUGCUACGCCGAGCUCACCGACAUGAUGCGCGAGGCCGACACCGACGGCGACGGAUCCAUCAGCUUCGAGGAGUUCACCGCCAUAAUGGCCAAGUCCGCCGUCGACUUCCUCGGCCUCGCCGCCUUGUGAUUAUUCCUCCCCCUAAAUCCCCUCCGCCGGUUAGAGCCUCGUCGAAUUUUUCGGUUUUACCCUUCGUUCGGCUCGUCUAAUACAUACAUGAAUCGAAUUGGUUGCAUCAUACGAUGUGUUAGUGUAAAUAUGGUCGAUCUAAUCAAUGUUGUAGUAGUGCACGUUUGAUUUCGAAUUUUUAUACGGAGUAGUACAUCCAGAAAACAAGAGGAUGGGACUUUCUGGCAAAAUAGACAAACAGAUGUAUUGCUCAUUGUUCAACCAACUUAAAUAUAAAUGGGCUGUU